AGCAAACUAUUUGCUCCAAUACUUUGUAAUUUUAUUUAAAUUAGAUUACUCAUGUAUAUAAAUGUUUUCGUUCAAAACAGUGUUAAAAUGUCUAAAAAGUAAAGCAUUUGUUGUUCUUUGUCAAAGUUAAUUUAGAAUAAAAGGUCAUAAUGCUUUUCUGGAUUUUGUGUUUGUGUGGGACACUUGCUGCUUGCCAACAAAGUGAUGAAAUAAUUUUUAAUUUCAAUAACACAUACAAGUACAAUGUACAAUACAUCGUAGAAGUGAGCAGAAAUGUGGAGUACAUCAUGGAGUUUGAUGGGGAGUACGGCGCGUUGGACACGCCGGCGCGCGUCACGGUGGCCAGCGACCGCGCCAACCGAUCCUACCCCGUCUUCAUCACCGCCAAGCAGGAGAAGGGCGUGUUCGCGUGGCAGCUGCCGCUGGUCGUGGAGGCGGGCGGCGACAUGCACGAGUUCUCCAACGUCUCGCGCACGCUCUGCCCACACAACAACCUCUUCGCCCGGGACGAGCACUCCUGCGAGUUGUCGUCGGGCAGCGCGGCGACGGUGCACGUGUCGUCGUCGUCGCCGACGCCGGUGUCGGUGGCGGUGCGGCUGGAGACCGUCGCCGACUUCUACGUGCGCCUGGACACGCCCCUCAACGUCACCGUCACGCCCAGCCAGCCCCAGUACUACUUCUACCCCUUCGACCAGGGCCCCGACGCACGGCUCGACCUGGACGUGGAGGCGGCGAACAAGCGCAUGUUCUGCUCGGGGUCCCCGCCCCGCGCCCCGCUCCCCGCCCCGCCCCGCGCCGGCUGGCCGGAGCGCUCCCGCAGCGUCAUCGUCACUAUAGACUCCGACGACGACAUCUGCGCCGUCGUCUCCAUACAGAACUACUCGUGUCCGGUGUUCGACAACGAGCGCGACAUCCUGUACGACGGCUACUACCUCACCAUGACGCGCCGCGGCGGCAUCACGCUCACGCAAGAGACGUUCCCGCUGGGUUUCUACGUGGUGUUCAUCGCGAAGUCGUCGGACGAGGCCUGCACCGGCAACUCCACCGAGCCACUCGCGCCCGCCGCACCCAGGCUCAAGACCUUCAGGCUGAAGGUGAUCGAGACGAUAUCGUACGUGGAGUACGCGCGGGGCGCGGGCGCGGCGCUCGGCUUCUUCCUCGCCUUCUACGUGGUGUGGUUCGCCGGCGUGCUGCUGCAGCGCCGCUGCCGCAGCACACGUGAAGACGGUGGCAGCACGGUGCUGGUGGAGGACGGGCGCACGCCGCCCUCCGCGCGCCGCCGCCGCGUCGUCAACGACGGCAGCUCCAGCACACGCGCACCGAGCUCGUGCUCGGACACGGAGUCGGAGGCGGGUGGCGGCGCUGGCGCGGGUGCGGGGUCGGGGGUGGGGAUGGGGGGCGGCGCGCUGCGGCUGGCGAGCCUGGCGCGGUCGCGGACGCGCGUGCUGGCGGCGCGCUCGCGGCUCUACCUGUGGACGGUGCUGACGGUGGCGGUGUUCUACACGCUGCCGGUGGCGCAGCUGGUGCUCACCUACCAGCGCCUGCUCGACCGCUCCGGCGACCAGGACCUGUGCUACUUCAACUUCCUGUGCGCGCACCCGCUAGGCCCGCUCACCGACUUCAACCACGUGUUCAGCAACGUCGGCUACGUGCUGCUCGGCGCGCUGUUCCUGCUGCAGGUGCGGCGGCGCGGCGCGGGGCGGCCGGGACGCGGCAUCCCGCAGCACCGCGGGCUGCUGUACGCGAUGGGCGCGGCGCUGGCGGCGGAGGGGCUGCUGUCGGCGGCGUACCACGUCUGCCCCAAUAGCAUGAACUUCCAGUUCGACACGUCGUUCAUGUACGUGACGGCGGCGCUGGGCAUGGUGCGGCUGUACCAGGCGCGCCACCCCGACAUCAACGCGCGCGCGCACGCCACCUUCGCCGUGCUGGCGCUGGUGAUCGCGCUGGGCGUGGCCGGCGUGCUCACCGCCACGCCCCUCUUCUGGGCGCUAUUCACGGCGCUGCACCUGCUCACCUGCCUCGUGCUCACCUUCCAGAUCUACUACCUCGGCCGCUUCCGCCUCGAGAAGCAGUUGGUGUGGCGCGUCUGGGGUGCGGUGCGGCGCGGCGGGUUGGCGGCGGCGGCGCCCACGCACUGCGGCCGCUGCGUCAUGCUGCUACUCGCCAACAUCGCCAACUGGGCCAUCGCCGCAUACGGGCUGACGAGCGACGGGCGCGACUUCGCGUCGCACCUGCUGCUGGUGAUGCUGGGCAACCUGUUCCUGUACACGCUGUUCUACAUCGCCAUGAAGCUGCUGACGGGCGAGCGGCCGCGCGCCCACAGCUGGGCGUGGGUCGCCGCCGCGCACGCCGCCUGGGCCGCCGCCGCCUACUUCUACCUCGACCUCAACACCAACUGGGCGCUGACGCCGGCGGAGUCCCGGCGCGAGAACCGCGCGUGCUCGCUGCUGCGGCUGUACGAUGCGCACGACGCCUGGCACUUCCUGUCCGCCACCGCCAUGUUCUGCUCCUUCAACAUGUACCUCACGCUCGACGACAACCUCGCCGACGUGCCGCGCGACGCCAUCGCCGUCUUCUAGCCGCCCCGCACCGUCUACCGUGUACACCGCUGCGACCCCCCGUACCCCGCGCUCGCCCCGAGCGCUCAGUAGACAGUAGCGUCCGAGUGACGUCGCUCCCCGAGGUGCAGUUGAAAAGUACGGGUUGUAGCAUUCUGAAUUCUACAUAAUGACUGCGGUUGAAUUUGUUAAAUGAUAAGAAAUCAUUUGAUUCUGACAGGAUUAGUAAAUUACAAUGUUCUAGUAGCGCGCUAGCUCCGUGUUGUGACGUAGUGAACGAACGAGGAUAAGCGUUCUAAAAUACGUACUACCCACAGCUGUGUUUUGGGCGGUGGAGGGGUGUGUAUUUUCUGAAAGUUUGUCCAUGUAUCAGGGUGCUAAGGGUCGGUUACCUCACUCAUGAAUAUGAUCUUCAGGGUUCAUGAUAGUUUGUUUUUUUUUUCUAUUUAAAAAAUAUAUAAACGACGACGUUAAUAUAAA